AUGCCUUACCUCUCUUCUGAAAAACAGCUCACGUUUAUAAAAUUGGCUGUUUUAUCAAUGGCAGCAAUUCUGUCUUUUGCUACAAGGUUGUUCUCAGUCCUACGUUUUGAAAGUGUCAUCCAUGAGUUUGAUCCAUAUUUCAACUACAGAACAACUCGUUAUCUCACAGAGGAAGGUUUCUACAAAUUCCACAAUUGGUUUGAUGACCAAGCAUGGUAUCCAUUGGGACGUAUUAUAGGAGGCACAAUAUAUCCCGGCUUGAUGGUGACAUCAGCCACACUAUACAAUAUAAUGCAGUUCCUAAACAUAACCAUUGACAUUCGAAAUGUUUGCGUUUUCCUGGCACCAUUCUUUUCAUCUCUUACAACCAUUGUCACUUACCUGUUAACAAAGGAACUCAAGGAUGAGGGUGCUGGCCUUGUUGCAGCUGCAAUGAUUGCCAUUGUUCCUGGUUAUAUUAGCCGUUCCGUCGCGGGUAGUUACGAUAAUGAGGGCAUAGCCAUCUUUUGUAUGUUGCUCACCUACUAUUUCUGGAUCAAGGCAGUUAACACUGGUACAAUACUUUGGGCUACAAUGACAGCUCUUGCAUACUUCUAUAUGGUUUCCUCAUGGGGUGGCUACGUGUUCCUCAUAAAUCUGAUACCACUACAUGUCCUCGCUCUGAUGAUGCUGGGACGAUUCUCUGCCCGUGUGUAUGUUGCAUAUAGCACACUAUACUGUGUGGGUACUAUACUGUCCAUGCAGAUCUCCUUCGUCGGCUUCCAACCUGUGCAGAGUUCGGAACAUAUGCUGGCUUUGGGUACUUUUGGCCUGUGCCAGCUGUACGCUUUCGCCCAGUACCUGCGCGCCCACCUCUCCCCAGCCAACUUCGAGUUGCUGUUCAACACCCUCGUCACCACCCUGCUGGCCACUCUUGGCACCGCCGUGGUGGUGCUAACUGUCACAGGCAAAAUAUCGCCGUGGACUGGAAGGUUUUACUCACUGCUCGACCCAUCGUACGCCAAGAAUCACAUUCCUAUUAUUGCGUCUGUCUCCGAGCAUCAGCCGACCUCGUGGUCCUCGUUCUAUUUCGACCUGCAAGUGCUGGUGUUCCUCUUCCCCGCCGGCCUAUACUUCUGCUUCAGCAAGCUGACCGACGCCAACAUCUUCAUAAUACUGUACGGAGUUCUCAGCAUCUAUUUCGCGGGUGUUAUGGUCCGUCUCAUGCUGGUGCUGGCGCCAGUCAUGUGCAUCGUGUCGGGCGUUGCCACUUCCAGUCUUCUGAGCCUUCACGUAAAAGACAUAGAGCCCAAAGUAGAGAAGCACGAUAAGAAGAAGAAACAUGAGAAUAACCUGGUCUUCCGCUCCGAGGUGGGCGCGCUGUUCGUGUGCGUGCUGGGCUGCCUGCUCACCUCGUACGUGUUCCACUGCACGUGGGUGACGUCGGAGGCGUACUCUUCGCCGUCAAUAGUGCUGUCGGCGCGGUCGAACGACGGCUCUAGAAUAAUCUUCGACGACUUCCGCGAGGCGUACACCUGGCUCAAGAUGAACACGCCCGAGGACGCCAAGGUAAUGUCGUGGUGGGACUACGGCUACCAAAUCACCGCCAUGGCGAACCGCACCGUCAUCGUGGACAACAACACGUGGAACAACACGCACAUAUCGCGCGUGGGCCAGGCGAUGGCCUCCACGGAGGAGCGCGCGUACGAGAUCAUGCGCGAGCUGGACGUGGACUACGUGCUGGUGAUAUUCGGCGGCCUGGUCGGCUACUCUUCGGACGACAUCAACAAGUUCCUAUGGAUGGUGCGCAUCGGCGGCAGCACCGAUCGCGGCGCCCACAUCCGCGAGUCGGACUACUACACGCCCGCCGGCGAGUUCCGCAUCGACGGGGACGGCUCCCAGACGCUGCUCAACUGCCUCAUGUACAAGAUGAGCUACUACAAGUUCGGGCAGGUUUACACAGAAGGCGGUCGGCCCCCCGGUUACGACAGGGUCCGAGCGGCUGAGAUUGGCAACAAAGAAUUCAACCUAGAGGUGCUAGAGGAGGCGUACACCACAGACCAUUGGCUCGUGCGCAUAUACAAGGUCAAGCCUCUUCCGAACCGCGGUGCG